AUGGAUCAAACGAUAAAAAACGGGUAUGGAGGAAAUAUGGUUCAAUCUAGACAUGCACAUAAGAGAUCCUCUUCUCAAUGGGUACCCCAAUCUGGAGCAUUAUAUAAUCCAAUCGAAAUACUCAAAGGCAGAAAAACACGAAUAAAAGGCUCUCGGAUGAUCCAGCCUAAUCAUUUACAAAGUGUAGCACGAUAUAAUAUGCCAAAUUAUAGACAGUUUCCUAAUAAUUCUAUAACCACAACGAAAUAUAGUUUGUUGACAUUUUUUCCACUUAAUAUUUAUCAUCAACUACGAAAUAAGUAUGCUAAUUUAUAUUUUUUAUUAAUAGCAGUUUUAAAUUUUUUUCCGGCUUUUGCUGCUUAUUCUAAAUGGUUAGCUCUUAUACCACCAUGUAUUGUAUUAGGAACAACUAUGGCCAAAGAUGCUUACGAAGACUUUCGUAGGUGGAGGUUCGAUAAUGAGAUAAAUAGUAGAAAUAUUCAUGUUUGGGACAAAGAUAGAGGGAUGUUCCGGAAAACUUUCUGGAAAUUUGUUCUUGUCGGUGACUUUGUGCAUGUUUCUAAUGAUGAAGACAUACCAGCUGACAUUCUUUUUCUCCGAUCAUCAAACCCCGAUGGUAGCUGUUAUAUUGAAACAAGUAACCUGGAUGGAGAGACAUCAUUGAAGCAGAGAAAUGUUCCAAGAAAAUAUUUAGAUUUCUCAAAGGAAGAUUCCAACUUCACUCCCACAAAUUUCACCGGGACCGCUUUUUGUGAGAAGCCUGAUAAAGCCAUUUAUCAAGUUAAUGCCAAAUUAGAAACAGCGCCGGGCGUUUUUCAUCCAAUCAUGGGAGAGAACAUGCUCCUGAGGGGAUCUAAACUGAAAAACACUACAUUUGUAGAAGGAAUAGUGCUGUAUGCAGGACAUGAUACUAAGGUUAUGCUCAACAAUGGACGUGCUCCUUAUAAGCAAUCGUACAUCGAGGUUUUAACGAAUAAAUUUAUUAUAAUAUGUGUUGUUCUGUUGAUACUCAUGGUGGUUUCUGGGUCCUUAUUGAACGGGUUUUUUGUUGGGCGACAUGAUUCUCAGGAUUCCUCAUUUGUACCUUGGAAUAUCAAAAGUCCGGUGACAGAAGGCUUCCUUAGUGUUGGAUCUUUCAUUAUCUGUUAUCAGGUCCUUGUACCCAUAUCAUUGUACAUCACAGUAGAAAUCAUCAAGAUAGGACAGGUUUUUUUUAUUUCUCAGGAUUUAGAUUUGUACGAUGAAGAGGCUGAUUAUCCAAUCAAUUGUCGAUCUCUUAAUAUUCCGGAAGAGCUAGGACAGAUAACACAUGUACUAUCCGACAAAACGGGAACUUUAACAGAAAAUAAAAUGAUUUUCCGAAACUGCUCUUUUGAUGAAGUCGACAACGGUGGAGAAUAUGAUCCGGAAAAAAUCGACAAAGACAAUCCUGUCGUUUCGCUAUCAUUAGCAGCUCGUGUGAAAGACAAUUGGCGCAUGGAUAAAAGAAUGAGACACUUUUUUUUAAACAUUGUUGUCAACAACUCCGUAAUCGUUAAUAAAGUUCCCAGAGCGGAUGCCAUCGAGGUCGGUACAUAUGAUAACCAGCGGGGAAUCUAUUCCAUAGGAAACGCAUUGUUCUAUCAUAUGACCCUAGAGGAUUACACUCGUCGUCUAGAAGAGCUGAAGCUCAGUCCCGAAGAGAUUUUAGCAAAAACAGCUGAACCAGAAAUUUCAGACUCUGCUAACUCACUACCGAAUAUCCCUGAGGAGAAUGAAUACUCACCUUCAGUUUCUAAAAGUACCCGAAGAUCUCCGAUGGGAGAUGAAGGGUCUGUGAUUUCUAGAGUGUCUUCCAUAUCCAAAAACGUCGCUACAGGUUUUAAAAAACUGGUCAGCCCAAUCAACGCUUUAAGAGCGACGAAUGUUGAGUUGAAGCGAAGAUAUACGUUUGGGGCAAGCCAGCCUUUCUGUCCGUACGAGGCAGAAAGUCCAGACGAACUCGCAUUGAUACAAGGUGUCAGUUUGUAUGGCUGGAACCUGGAGGAUAGGUGUGGAACUCAUAGUAUUAUAACAACCCCCGAUGGAGCUGCGUUGAAAGUACCAAUUCUUUUAACUCUACCGUUUGAUUCUCAUCGUAAACGAAUGUCUGUGAUAGUUGAAGAGAAUGGUGGAAUCAUAAUGUAUACCAAAGGAGCUGACUCCGCAAUCAUGGACAGAUUGAAAGGAGGUGGCGAGCAUAAAGAUUUGAUGACAGAACGUGUUCAUGAGUAUUCUUGUAAAGGAUUACGCACACUCUGUUUCACAAUGAAAGAGCUUAACAAAGACGAGUUCAAGCUGUUUCAAGAAAGCUAUCAGUUCAUUUUGCAAGUUUCCACAGGUGAUAGAGAGACAAUGCUUUCUGAAAAAGCUGAUGAAAUCGAAAAAGAUUUCACUCUCCUCGGAGUGACUGGUAUCGAAGAUAGGCUUCAGGACGGAGUGAAAGAUACUGUUCAGUCUCUGAGAGGUGCUGGGAUCCAGGUUUGGGUUCUGACAGGAGACAAGUUAGAAACUGCUGUGAACAUUGCUCGGUCCAGUGGGCUCUUCGGCGAUGAUAACCAUCUUCAUUACUUUGAAAGCCCAGAAGUCCUAGAGAAACUGGACAGUGAAAAUCCGAUAAAUGCAAAAGACAAUGUAAUUAUCUCUCCAAGCAUGGUUAAGCUUUUACGGGAGAAGAAUGAAAGAAUGAUCAGAAUACUGACCUUAGCUCAAUCUGUUUUGUGCUACAGGAUGACACCUUCAGAAAAAGCAGAAGUCGUUAAAGUUGUCAAGCAAACUCUUAAGAAAGGGAGGGUUCUAGCAAUUGGUGAUGGAGCUAACGAUGUGCCGAUGAUCCAGGCAGCUCAUGUUGGGAUUGGAGUCAAAGGAAAAGAAGGAAUGCAGGCUGUCAUGGCCUGUGAUUUUGCUAUAUCAAGAUUUCGAUUUCUGAAGAAGCUACUUCUAGUUCAUGGACAUUGGAGUUAUGAUAGAUUAUCUCUUUCUUUUUUAUAUUUUCUGUACAAGAACACGAACAGUGUCUUUGUUUUAUUUUUCUAUCAGUUUUUCGAUGGCUUUUCUGGAUCAUAUUCUAUCGACCCAACCUAUUCCAUUCUUUAUCCUAUAAUCUUCACAGCAGUUCAACCAAUAGUUGUGGGGGUACUAGAUCAAGAUCAGUCAAAAGAGAAGUUAAUGAAGGAUCCAAGUUUGUAUGAACAAGGAAGAGAAGGAAAACUAUAUACUUACACAACUUUCUUCCUCAAUGUAAUUGAUGGAAUAUAUCAGGCAGCAGUUAUUUAUUUUUUAGCACAUUUAACAUUAAUUGGCUCAGACACGGGUUUGUGGACAUUUGGAUUCUAUCUUUGCACGGGUAUGAUGCUUGUAAAUUGUCUUCAUUUAGCUGUUGAAGUUCGUAACUGGAACAAUGUCUUCUUGAUCGUUUUUGUUUUUUUCUUUGUUAUACAUUUCGGUUACUUCUUGAUAUUUGGAAUCGUCGCUGGUCCAGGUCUUGUUUCCAACCCUCCAAUCAGAGUAGCCUAUGAUGCUAUGCGUGAACCUCAGUUCUGGGUAUGCCAACUACUCAUUGUAGUUGCGUCUCUCUUGCCAAGGGUUAUUUUCCGGGUUGCGUCUAACUCCCGAAUUUGGUGA